AUGCAGCCGACAAGGUGCUUGCUAAAGCGGUCUAUCUGGAAAGGGCCGCACAUCGUUCCACUGCCCAUCGUACGCCCCGAGCCUGGGAAGUGGGUUCCUCCCAUCAGGACCCAGGCUAGGUCAGCAACGAUCUUGCCCAACUUUGUCGGCCUCAAAUUCGAAGUGCACAACGGCAAGGUCUACCAUGAAGUGACGAUUACCGAGGAGAUGGUGGGCCACAAGCUCGGCGAGUUCUCGCAGACCCGAAAGCCGUUCAUAUGGAACAAGAAAUAA